AUGCCUCCCCACUUUAGCGCCAGCGCAGGAACGCAAGCUCUCACUGAAACUUAUGGGCGCAUCUUUAACAGCAUCCAACUCACCAUCACGUUCGAUAUCGAUGAGAUUGUUCUGAUGUCGCCGGAAUGGGCUUUCGCAAGAACAACAGCAGAGGGAACAAAGACUAUGCUACAGACUCAAGCUUCAGAGCCUCAUUCUAACCAAGAGCUGUUUAUCUUGAAGAAGGAGGAUGGGACCUGGAAGAUUGCGCGAUAUGCCUUUUCUACUAUGAAGCCGCUUGUACAGGAUGGAAUUCGACGUAGCUAA